AUGGGGAAACUGAGGAAAAGACACAACUGGAAAAGCAGAGAGCAGAAUGAAGAUAAGUCAACAGCAAAUGAUAACAAGACAGACGUCGUGGUCGAAUUAAAAGAUGGAGCCAGGCUCAAAGGAGUUGAUGAAAGCAAUGCUCUGGUGCUUGCAUCGAAUAAGGAUAAAAAGAAAAAGAGCACAACGACACCGGCCAAGUCAAAGAAGCCUUUAACCAAAAAACAGAGAAAAGAGCUAGAAAAGGUGCUCGAGCGCAAGGAAAAGAAAGCUCAGAGAGCAGAUAUUUUGUCUAAACUGGCUGAAGUGCAACUCCCGGAGUCUGAAAUCAAGCUGCUCUACACUACGUCCAAACUCGGCACAGGAGUCAAACUUUUCACCUCUAAAGAAACACCUGAAGAAUCCACAGAUGGAGCAGUGAAGAUCAGCAGCCUCAGUGGUGCCAACAGGAAGCGCAAAUGGAAAGCAGAUGAAGAAGAUGGAGAGGAAAUGAAUGAAAAAUUGGAAAGUUCAGAAGAAGAAACAUCUGAUGAAGACGAUGACGAUGAAGCUGAGACCAAAGAGACUGUGGAGAUGAAUGAACCAGUGCAGAUGGAGGAGAAAGAGGAGGAGAAGGAGGAGAGGGUUAAACCAGAGGAACCCAGCGAGACGCCAGCUCCGGUCUCCAAGAAAAAGUCCGAGCCGGCCGUUUUCAUCCCUGUCGAAAGAACUGAAGCAAUACAGGAGUCCCGCCUGAAGCUCCCUGUGAUGGCCGAGGAGCAGGUCAUCAUGGAGGCCGUGAAGGAGAACCCCUGUGUCGUCAUCUGCGGAGAAACUGGGAGCGGGAAGACGACUCAAGUGCCGCAGUUUUUGUACGAAGCAGGAUACGCAAGCAAAGGGUCCAUUAUCGGUGUAACUGAGCCCAGGAGAGUAGCGGCGGUCAGCAUGUCUCAGCGCGUGGCCACAGAGAUGAACCUAUCCACCAGAGUGGUGUCGUACCAGAUUCGAUACGAGGGGAACGUGACCAGCGACACCAAGAUCAAGUUCAUGACGGAUGGAGUUUUGCUCAAAGAAGUUCAAAAGGAUUUCCUGCUGCAGAAGUACAGCGUGAUCAUCAUCGACGAGGCUCACGAGAGGAGCGUGUACACAGACAUUCUCAUUGGACUGCUGUCUCGCAUUGUCCCUCUGAGGAAUAAGAGAAACAUGCCCAUGAAGCUGCUGGUCAUGUCGGCCACUCUCCGCGUCGAGGACUUCACGGAAAACCAGAAGCUGUUCCGGAUCCCUCCCCCGGUCAUCAACGUGGACUCGCGCCAGUUUCCCGUCAGCAUCCACUUCAACAAACGCACGGCUUUAGACGACUACACCAGCGAGGCCUUCCACAAGAUCUGCAAGAUUCACCGCAUGCUGCCCCCAGGCGGCAUCUUGGUGUUUCUGACCGGUCAGGCUGAAGUGCACAGUCUGUGUAGACGACUGAGAAAUGCUUUUCCGUACAGAAAAUCCAACACAACUGGUGGUGAAGCUGAAAGUGCAGACAGUUCAGAGGCGACCAGGAAGUCCAAAAAAUCCCAAAAGAAGAAAACGGCUGCGUCUUUGCCACGCAUCAACCUGGAUACUUACUCUGCCCUUCCGCUCGAUGAAGGCGAUGAAGACCGAGAGGCCGAGAUCGGAGACGAAGACGAUGGUUCUGACCUGGAUAUUGGAGAUGAUCCCACCGCUACAGAUGAGAAAGCGGACCCCUCCAUUCCCCUGUACGUGCUGCCGCUGUACUCUUUGCUGGCCCCUGAGCAACAAGCCAAGGUUUUCAGGGCUCCUCCUCCGGACACUCGCGUCUGUGUCGUUGCCACUAACGUCGCAGAGACAUCGCUGACGAUCCCCGGCAUUAAGUACGUGAUCGACUGCGGACGCGUCAAGAAGAGGUUCUACGACCGAGUGACCGGAGUUUCCUCCUUCAGAGUCUCGUGGACCUCCCAGGCCUCGGCCAAUCAGAGAGCAGGACGAGCGGGCCGCACAGAGCCAGGCCACUGCUACAGACUCUACUCGUCCGCGGUCUUCGGAGACUUCAGCCCGUUCUCAGAAGCAGAGAUCACUCGCAGACCGGUGGAGGACCUGGUUCUACAGAUGAAGGACCUGAACAUCGAUAAGGUGGUGAACUUCCCCUUUCCGACUCCGCCCUCCACUGAAGCUCUGAUCGCAGCAGAACAACUGUUGAUCUCUCUCGGCGCUUUACAAGAGCCGCCGCGCACGGGCAGUGUGAAGCAGAUGAAGCAGGCCCGCCUCUGCUGCCCCAUCUCUCCUCUGGGCAGAGCCAUGGCUUCGUUCCCGGUCUCCCCUCGUUACGCUAAGAUGCUCGCUCUGGGGAAGCAGCAGGACUGUCUUCCAUACGUCAUCGCCGUGGUCGCUGCUAUGACCGUACGGGAGAUAUUUGUGGAUCUCGACAGACCUGCUGGCAGUGAAGCCGAAAGCGAGAAGCUGAAUACACGCCGCGCUCGCCUGACGCAGAUGAGGAGGCUGUGGGCCGGACAAGGAGCCUCUCUGCUGCUGGGAGAUCUCAUGGUCAUGUUGGGGGCAGUGGGUGCGUGCGAGUUUGCUGGAUGCACCCCUAAAUUUUGUGAAGAAAACGGCUUGAGGUAUAAAGCGAUGGUGGAGAUUCGACGGCUCAGAGGACAACUCACCAACGCAGUGAACGCCGUGUGUCCGGACGUGGGAGUGUUCGUGGAUCCAAAGAUGUCUCCUCCCACAGAGCACCAGGUGGUCUGUUUGCGGCAGAUCGUUCUGGCAGGACUCGGGGACCAUCUUGCCAGACGAGCGCAGGCGGAGGACAUCCUGGACCCCAAGUGGAAGAAUGGAUACAAGACGCCGCUGCUGGACGACCCGGUCUUCAUCCACCCCUCGUCUGCGCUGUUUAAAACUCUCCCAGACUUUGUCGUUUACCAGGAGAUCAUGGAGACCAGCAAAAUGUACAUGAAAGAACCACUCAUGGACAACAUGUUUUCUUUCCACGUCUUUGACCACCCGAUGGCCAGGGGCUUUCAGAACCGCUUCUCCACACAGUACCGCUGCUACUCCGUGUCCAUGCUGGCGGGUCCCAAUGACCGCUCCGACGUGGAGAAAGGAGGAAAAAUUAUAAUGCCACCCUCAGCUCUCGACCAGCUGAGUCGAUUGAACAUCACUUACCCCAUGCUCUUCAAACUGACCAACAAGAACUCUGACAGAAUGACGCACUGUGGAGUUUUGGAGUUUGUGGCAGAUGAGGGCAUUUGUUACCUUCCUCACUGGAUGAUGCAGAAUCUGCUGCUGGAAGAAGGAGGUCUGGUGCAGGUGGAGAGCGUGAACCUCAUGGUUGCCACAUACUCCAAAUUUCAGCCCCAGAGCCCCGACUUCUUAGACAUCACAAACCCCAAAGCUGUCCUGGAAAACGCACUCAGAAACUUUGCCUGUCUGACGACCGGAGACGUGAUCGCAAUCAACUAUAACGAAAAAAUUUACGAGUUGCGAGUCAUGGAGACGAAGCCGGACAAAGCUGUGUCCAUCAUCGAGUGCGACAUGAACGUGGAUUUCGACGCUCCGCUCGGCUACAAGGAGCCGGAGAGACGAUCUUAUCACCAGGAGGAGCCACAGGAAGAAGAAAGCGACCCAAGCACCUACGCAGACAUGGACUUAGGAUUUAGAGCUUUUACCGGAUCGGGAAAUCGGUUGGACGGAAAAACGAAAGGAAUUGAACCCAGUCCGGCUCCUCUGGGACCCAGCGACAUCAAACGUGGAAUUCCAAACUAUGACUUCAAACUUGGACGCAUCACUUUCAUUCGAAACUCGCGGCCGGCGCCCAGGAAGCUGUUGGACGACGACGAUGCUCUGAACAGAUUCAUCGCUUUCUCCGGAGAAGGACAAUCCCUGCGAAAGAAGGGGAGAAAUCCCUGA